AGACAGAUAGGAGACAGACAGCUCCACUCCAACUCGUGCACUUAUCACGUUCACACUUCACCUACACUUGCUGAACUGCACUUGGAAAGCCCUAAACGUAACUUCGUAAGCGAAGACGCUGCCGUUUCUUCAUUUUCUUUCGCCGGGGUCGGUGCGGUUCUCUCUUCCAGAAGUUUUCGUGAGAUUUUAAUCUGUUCUGCAUAUGAAUUCCGGUGUUUCUACGGAUAAGGUGACGGAAUGCAAAGAUUCAGCGGAUGAAGCUUUAAAAAAAGCGGAUGAACCGACUGUUGUUGAAGCUAAAGAAAGUUCUAUUGAUCCAACCAGUGUUUCUUUAGAGCCUAUGACUCCUGAUUCUAUACGAGAGAAUGGGGAAGUCCCUGAUUUUGGUUCUCCAAUUACUGUGCUUAAAAAACCAGCGAAAGCACUCUGCUUUGAUUUGGAGACUUCCAGAAAUCAAGACCCAUUUGCUUCAAUUGAUGACAGCAGCAGCCCUCGAACUCCCAAAGAUUGUGUUUUUGAUCCAUUUGCUCCUGGUCCUGCUCACCUGGCGCUGGCCCCACUGUGCAAGAAAUAUUUUGACAAAUCAAGAGUUAAUGUUGUUCGUCGACUCAGCUUUGACUCCUCCUAUAAAAUUGUGGAAGAUGCGGGUUUCAUCUCUGAUGAAGAGAUGUUUGAUGCGGUAUACGAAAAUCUGUUGGCAGUUAUUGUUACCAAGCAGGCUGAAGAUGCUCUUUCAGAGAUUUCGAAUAUUGAAUGUGAUUUUGAUGCUUGCCAGACGCCUCCUUUGGCACCUCGGCUAACAGGCAUUGCUGAUACUUGUCCUGGUGCACCUGUAAAGCUCCCAGGUAAAUCAAGGAACCUUGACUUAGGAUUGUGCAGAAAGCUUGACUUUUGAUGCUCAAUGACUCUCCUCUUAUUUGUUGUUGACUAGCAGCUAACUUGGAUAGACAUUGAUGGUGUGAAAUUGUAAGGUUAGGGCUUUGAGUUAUAGCUUGUGUUAUUUAGGGAGUAUCGUCUGACAGGGAGCCACAAUCGUAGUACCAUUCUUGUAUAGUAAUUCAACAGGCAUUUCUUUUGGAGAUUAGCAAGAAAUCUUUGUUGCCAGACUGCAUCAUUGGUAUUC